AUGAAAACGAGGCGUGGAUCGAGUUCCUGGUCCUCUCUCGAGUUCUGUGCACGUCGAGUGAGGCUCUAAACACUAGAGACUGAAUGCUUAAAAAAAAAAUAUAUAUAUAUUUUUUAAGGGUGCACUCACCAGUCUACACUUCAGUGUUCGAUAGUGUAAUGCAUCACACAAUAAGCUUCAUUGUGUGUAAUUUUUAACAGCAAUGUUUUUACAUGUGACAUGGGGAGUGGACAGAUUUAUUCUGCAACACUUUAACAUUUUAUCUACUUUAUGGCUAUAUUGGAUGUCAUGCAGGAUAUGAUACUGCACGAGUUACCCAUUAAAGGCAUGAAAAUGUCUCUAAAUAAACAGACUCUGUGCCAAAUCUAACUUGUAAUAUCACUGGUAAAUGGAAGCAUCCAGGGUCAUUCACUAAAUAAUACAUAGUACAGUACACAUCAUUUUACAUUAAAUUAAAUAUAACAUUAAUCUAUGCAGAAAUGAUAGGCAAUGUGUAGAAAUUUAGGAAAAAAAAUUAUAUAAUACAUACAUACACUGCCUGGCCGGAAAAAAAAGUCGCCACCAAAAAAAAAGGUCACACACUCUAAUAUUUAGUUGGACCGCCUUUAGCUUUGGUUACGGCAUGCAUUUGCUGUGGCAUUGUUUCGAUAAGCUUCUGCAAUGUCACAAGAUUUAUUUCCAUCCAGUGUUGAUUAAAUGUUUCACCAAGAUCUUGUAUUUAUGAUGGGAGAGUCGGACCACUGCGCAAAGCCUUCUCCAGCACAUCCCAAAGAAUCUCAAUGGGGUUAAGGUCUGGACUCUGUGGUGGCCAAUCCAUGUGUGAAAUGAUGUCUCAUGCUCCCUGAACCUUUCACAAUUUGAGCCCGAUGAAUCCUGGCAUUGUCAUCUUGGAAUAUGCCCAUGCCAUCAGGGAAGAAAAAAUCCAUUGAUGGAAUAACCUCAUUGACAGCCGCUAGAUGUGCUUCCGCGCUUCUCACUGUGAUUUUCACAGUGAGAAGACGCCAGCGUCCAUAGGAAAGCAUUGAGAAUGCUUUCCUAUGGACUGGCUGAAUGCGCGCGCGGCUCUUGCCGUGCAUGCGCAUUCAGCCGGUGACGGAAGAAGAGGGAGGAGAGUCCCCAGCGCCGAUGGAGCCUUGCGCUGGAAAAAAGGUAAAGGAUUAACCCCUUCCUCCCCUCUUAGCGCCACGGGAGUGGGACCCUGAGGGUGGUGGCAACCUCAGGGCACUAUAGUGCCAGGAAAAUGAGUAUGUUUUCCUGGCACUAUAGUGGUCCUUUAAAUCCAGGUGGUAACUUUUUUUUUUUGGCUAGGCAGUGUAUAAUAACUUGUCAUCAUAAAGGUCUACUUCUACAGCUUAUUCAUUUAUACUGACAAUUGAGGAACAGGGGAGAUCAGCAGAACUCUCCUAGAGGUUGUUCUUCUGCUCUCCAUUGCAACAACUACUGUGUGCCUUGUGCUUGCUAGAGAAUUAUAGGAACAGGGAGAUAGAUGUCACUUUGUACUGACACCAAGGCACUUGCAAUGAAUCCUGCAUGUCACAUCAUGAUAGAUUAAUAAAUUAAUAGAUGAUAAAAUGGAGAAGGGUCAACCAAUCGUUUAGGGAUAUGUACAUUUGUAACAGUUAAUUAACAAUGUUUUUAAAAUGGGUAUUGGGGCACACCCAGAACAUACCUUUCUAAACAGUGGUGCUGCCCUACAGACCAAAAUACUGUUAAAGGAACAGAGCACACACAAAAAACAAAUAGUUUUACAUUUUACAAGGCCACUUGAAAUCACCUAUCAUAGCAAAUAAAUAUGGGAAUUCAGUUCCACCAUAUGGCCAUAUUGUGUUAAAGGACCACUAUAGUGCCAGGAAAACAUACUCGUUUUCCUGGCACUAUAGUGCCCUGAGGGUGCCCCCACCCUCAGGGUCCCCCUCCCGCCCGGCUCUGGAAGGGGAAAGGGGUAAAAACUUACCUUUUUCCAGCGCUGGGCGGAGAGCUCUCCUCCUCCUCUCCGCCUCUUCUCGCCGGCUGAAUGCGCACGCGCGGCAAAGCUGCGCGCAUUCAGCGUCACAUAGGAAAGCAUUUAAUGCUUUCCUAUGGACGCUGGCGUGCUCUCACUGUGAAAAUCACAGUGAGCACGCAAGCGCCUCUAGUGGCUGUCAAUGAGACAGCCACUAGAGGAAAUAGGGGAAGGCUUAACCCAUUCAUAAACAUAGCAGUUUCUCUGAAACUGCUAUGUUUAUGAAAAAAUGGGUUAACCCUAGAAGGACCUGGCACCCAGACCACUUCAUUAAGCUGAAGUGGUCUGGGUGCCUAGAGUGGUCCUUUAAGCCCACCACUAUGUCACAGUACCCAAAUAUUGGUGGGCCCUAUACUAAUUGCCAGUAUUUUGGUGAUUUGAUUUUGAGAAGCUUUGUAAACUUUAAAACUGUAUUUUUGUUUUUGUGUGUGCGUUUUUCCUUUACCUGAAUUAAAGGACCACUAUAUACACCCAGACCACUUCAGCUUAAUGAAGUGAUCUGGGUGCCAGGUCCAGCUAGGAUUAACCCUUUUUUUUUUAUAAACAUAGCAGUUUCAGAUAAACUUUUUCAGAGAAAGGGUUAAUCCAGCCUCUAGUGGCUGUAUCAUUGACAGCCGCUAGAGGGCUUCCGCGCUGAAAAUCACAGUGAGAAGAUGCCAGCGUCCAUAGGAAAGCAUUGAGAAUGUUUUCCUAUGGAAUGGCUGAAUGCGCGCGCAGCUCUUGCCGCGCAAGCGCAUUCAGCUGAGGAGGAGGAGGAGAGCUCGGCGCUGGAGAAAGAGGUAAGUUUAACCCCUUCCUCACCCUAGAGCCCUGGCACUAUAGUGGUCCUUUAACAACAUCUAGGCAUAAUCGUCAUACAAAAAAAGAAAAAUAUUUAUUAUAAUAAUAAUUUAUUCUAAUAGUGUUUAAAGAAACAUUAAAAAAAAGUUGACAACACUGAAACAAUAAACCAUAAAUUGUAUUUAUUAGAUUAAAAUCCAUCAGCACAUUAUUCCUGCAUCCAUAUUCUUGAAGUACAACCGUACAAGUAUAUCUAUCUUUAUGUACACACCAGUCCACACCAGUCAUAAGACUUGCUUUUCCCACAGAAAUGUAACAUUUGUACUGAUGUUACUACUGGGUGGGCAUAUCCAAAUUAGUUCAACAAAGAACCAAUUUAUUGACUACUAUCCACUGACUUCAGAUGGAAGGCAUUUUCAAUCAUUUUUUCCCCACCAUAACUCUGUUGGCUUGUGCUUUACACACACCUCAAUUCCAGUAUGUUAUAAAUCGCCACUAGAUGAAACUCUACACUCCAGUUAGUACUCAAGACAGACCAUGCAGAGAGCACUGCUGUGCUGAAGCUUUCAAUGCAUGGGCUAGCGCCCUCAGCCAAACACAAGCACGCCUUAUGAUGCGCAUGCGUUCAUGCUGUGCUGGCUAGGGACAGUUCCCAGGGCCUCCCAAAUGUGGGAUACAAAAGAACAAACUUGGAAGCCUAAAAUUGGGGCUGUUCUGCCUAAAGCAAGACAGUUGGAAGGCGUGUAACUCUACCCUACAUUUGGUUUGGGAUAUUUAGAUAUGAAUAUAGACUAGAGAACCUUGAGAAAAGUUUUGCAAAAUGCUGGAUACUGCAACUGAGCCGAACUCCCCUCUUGCAGUUCUUGUUAAAUCAUUUGCUGCAUGGCGAUGAAUAAUUAAUUUAGUACAGGAUUGCAAGGAUUUAUUUUUUUGUAUUUUCUCACAUACGGCCUGUAUUACAGCACUGACCGUAUAUUGCAGAUCAGGUCAGCUACUAGUGGUACUGUCAUUAGGAAAGUGUUGGAAAACAAACAUGGGUGUGUAUGUCUGUUCUCACCAAGAUUUCUGUGUUUGUCUUUGGAAGGUGUAGUUUCCAUAUAGGAUCAAAUAUAUUCGAAGCGCUCCGGUGGCUAUUCGCUGUUAAAUUACCUGACGUCUUAAAGAGACACAUAUGUUUUGUCUAUAACUUUUAUUUAUCAAGCUUAAGGGGGCAUUCCAGUUCCCUAAACCUCUUCAUCUUGCUGUUUUAUCAGUAUUGAAAUUUAAGAGAAAUUGUCACGUUUAUAAACCCCUUUAGUAUCACACUUGACAGACUAGAGAGUUUUCAGUCACACUCACUUUGAACUGCAGUUCAAAGCGAAAGUGAAUGUGUUUCAUAGUGAAAUAUAGGUUUCAGCAAUCUUUACAUCAAAACCACUCUAACCACUUUUUGUUUAUAGCAACAGAGCCUCAGUUUCAAUAAAGCUAUUCAUAAGCCGUCUGACAAAAAAUGAUAUGACCAGAUGGCACCUAAAAAUUCCUUGCGUUGUAGCCGCUACAGUUUAUUGUAGUGUUUAUGGUGGAAGGAGUCUUGGGGUUCCAGCUGGCCAUUUUUAUUUAUUUUUCUCAAGCCAUUUUUGAGUAAUUUACUAAAACGGAGGUUCUUCUGCCAAAUUAAGGCAAUACCUUGGCUUCUGUAUUGUCCAUACAAAUUCCUACAGAUUUGGAAGGCAAUGAAAGGUUGCGAAUAAUGAGCUAAUCUUUCCCAGCUCGCUCAAUCAUGGACAAAUCAUACAGAAUUUAAACUGGUUGAUGACACGAGAUAGACCAAACUUUGGAUUGCCGGUUUUAUUAAUUUAUUGCAUUUUUUUGUGAAACCACUUGAAUUUAUUAUUAUUAUUAUUUUUUUUUUAAACAAUGUAAUCUCUUCAAUUGGUUGUAGUAAUUAUAGUGCUUAUAGUGCUCCUAUAAAAAAAAAAUAAUAAUAAUUCACGUCAUACGAUUAAAAAGCACAUCAUACUUCUUAUAUUUUACACUGUGAGAGUAACUCUGUUUUUAUUUGGAAAUACUCUUCCAAUAAAAGAUACAAACAUUCAAACAAUAGUUUUACUCUAUAGCAAUUGAGUCUAAAUGGACAAAGAAACUGAGAUUACUACACUAUAGCAGUGAUUUGUUAAUGUUAUAGCAUGAGCAAUGCAGCAAUUUGCAGUGUGUGUGUGUGCUUUUAAUGCAAUAUUUUUUUAAUACAUCAUUUAUAUUACAUAUAAUUAUCAGCAACUAUUCUUUAUCAUGUCUGGCCUUUCCUGUUUAUUAUUUCACAAUGUCUGUCUUAUUAUUACUAAGUAAUAAUAUACAUUUAAAAAAAAAAAAAAAACAGCAAGAAAAACUUUAUUGACAGCGUGUUUUUGUUUUGUUUUUGACAGCCAAGCAUAACGCUAACUCUCGCGAGACUGGGAGCAGCAGCCGAGAUUUGGGGAGGAGAAGCUGGAUAUUGGAAGAGAGAGAGAGAGGGUCUCCGGGACACCGACAGCGACGUCACGGGUAUGAUGUCAUAUAACGGGGGGGGAAUGGAGGGGGCAAGCUGGGUGGCCUUAUGACCUCCCUAGGAUUAUCAUGCCAGGCCACCAUCAGGACUGUGAUGACGAUAUGCAUGUUGGGGUCCCCAUUCCAGUCUGGGGGUGCCAUGCAUUGUGAAUGGGGGGAUGGUACCAUAACCACUACAUCUCCUGACCUUCCUGCUAUGGCUGCUGCUAAUAAUAAUAAGACACAGUGAUGGUGGUGGUGAUGGUCCCCAGGCUGUCUCAUUAUCCUGCAUGCACUAGUGGCCAGUCAUGGCUGUCACCAUUUAUAUUUCAGGGUUUUCACCAAGGUGGGAGUUGCAUGGAAUAAAAAAAAAAAUAAUAAUAAUAAUUUUAAUUAACAGUUCAUUUGAGAAAUUCAGCUAGGAGUCCAGUUCUUCUGUUUUGGCCAAAAAUGGUCAAAUUCACCCUUUUAGGGGUUUAAUCGUUACACUCCUGAAUUGUAGCGGAUUAUAAUCUGAAUUGAGGCAAAAAAAAAUAAAUUAUUGCAGAAUUAAUUCUUGCACUCCGCUAUUGUUGCUGUUUAGCAUUCAGAUUAUAAUUCGCUACGUACAAUUCAGGGUUGAGAAAAUGAAUCUGUUUAGCAAAUAACAUUGUAUAUUUUCAUGGGCCAGGUGGUUGAAUGACAUCGCUGCAUAAAAUAAUGGAAAAUUGCACGUUUGGGGAAAAUGCAUGUUAAAACACGUACGUGUGCAGUUUGUGUGUGAACGUGUGUACACACAUUAAAUGUAUGAAGAUCCAGAAAUGUUAAUUAUUUAUGUGUUGAAUCUAAUUUGCAGUAUUCUCCAGCGACUUUUUAGAGAGGUGUUAUUUUUUUUUGAGCGGGUCAUUUUGAGAGUUUCCGACUGUACAAUAAAAAUAUUAGCCAAAUAUAUUAACCCCCGAAGCAAUUAUACACGUUCUGACCAAAACAAAACCUAGAAUUUGAACUAAAUGAUUGUUCAGCCAUAAUUUACAUAUGUUCAACUUUCAUAUACAAUGCACCCACACUUAUAAAUCAUAUUGUUCAGGAGAAAUAGGGCUUUUAUUUCACAUCAAAUAUUUGUAUGUGAAACAUAAUUGCAAAUGAAUAAAAUCUAGAAAAAAAGUGUGAGAAAUUAAUACAUUUUGUUUAGCAUGGCAUUUUAACUGUGAAUAUCAUAAUACUGUUAGCUUUUUCUGCAAUAAAACAUACAUAUUGUUGCUCAGUGAUGUCUCAUGAAUACAACAGUACCCCCUGUAUACAGGUUUUAUGGAGUUUUGAAAAGUUGAAAAGGUCAAAUAUAGAGCUUUAGCCUUUUAAAAUUUUACAUAUUAAAAUUUGCCAGAUUGGUCUGCUGGGUUUAUAUUGCCUUGAGACCAUAAAUCAUUAUUAUUAUUAUUAUUAUUAUUAUUAUUAUUAUUAUUAUUAUUAUUAUUAUUAUUAUUAAUAUUUUUAAAGCUCCAACAAGUUCUGCAGUGCUGUACAAUGGAUGGACUAACAGACACGUAUUUGUAACCAGACGAGUUGGACACACAGGAAGGGGAUGCAGAGCGUGGGGACGCUGAAUGGCAGUGCUGCCUACUGGGCAUCUCAGGAUUGGCCACUUGGAGGUGUCCCUAGGGGGGAUGUCAACCUUCCCCAGUCUCCCACCCCAAAUUGAGCCCUCUACCUCAGGGGACUCCCACAAGGACGAGGAGUCUAAUGCCUUGAACAGGUCCAGGGACAUCUACUGGGAGUCUGAUGAGGACUCUUCCCCACGUACUAAAGGGGGUAUUAAAAGGCUGCUGUUGGAUUUAAGGAAAGUGUGGAAAGCUGAUCUCCAGGAAGCCCAGGCCGAAAUGGGAAUCAUCCAAAAGAGGCUCAAUGUGGUUGAAGUGAGGGGAACAGCAAGAGACAGCCAGAUGAAAGAGACAAAAAAAAUCAAGUGGAAACUCUUACCAACCUGGUCCAGAGGCUGACCAGAUCUGUCGCUGUAUUGGAAUCCAGACACAGAAGGCAGAACAAACAUCUGAGAGAAUCGGGGGAGACAACUUACUGCCUUUUACCCAAAAGCUAGUGACCUCUUUAGGCCUCAAGGGGAGUACCAACCCCUCGGCGGUGAUAUCGGCAUUCAGAGCUCGUAAAGCAUCUACAGCCCCCAUAAGUGGUCCCUAGAGACACUAUCAUCAUUACUGUAUGUGACUGUAGUCACCAUCACCAGGAACCUCAGACAGACUAUUUUUAUGAACUAUUCUUAUGUUUUAGUCACCCUGUGCCCAUUAUAGGAUCAGGGUUAGGGAUAAAUAUUUUGUAUGCUCUCCUUUACUGCUGAGGAUUGCUACCAGCUAGGUUGAUUAGGCUAUGGAGCCUGUGUAGUGUCCUCUGUUGGUAGUAACAGCAAUUUGCACUACCUGAAUAACAAGGCUGGUUAAUUUGUAUAUUGCUAAUUUUAUAACAUGACAGGAGGCUUCAUAUUUCCCUAAGUCUCUCUUUACUAGAACUCCACAGCAGCACAGAAAAACAACCAAUCAGAAAAAAGUUAGUUACUAUAAAACUCCCCUUCCCAUGCAUCAUUUCCUCUUUCUUUGCUGCUCUGCAUCAGUACAGGUCAGAGUACCAUUGCCUCCUGUUUCUAGUUGGUGGCUUUGGGUUUUAUUAUGAUUAGUUUUCACGUUAUAUAUUUUAUAUAUUGUAUUAGUUGUCAUAUUAUAUUUGUAUUUUAUAUAUACAUUUUUAUAUAUAUCUAAUUUCCUGUUACAUAUUUAUGUGUUUAUUUUUAUGCCUUAUACAUAUUAUGUUUAGUUAUAUUUGCUUCAUAUAUUUAAUUGGGUUUACAGCCCUUUUGACUCCUAUUGGCCUCCCCUGUGUCUUUGGGGAUGUUUCCUCUAAUUGUGGUGGUUAUAUGGGGGUACCUUUCGGCUUACCCCCCUUCGUUUUUCACCCUACCCCAUUCUCUGGUGCUCUUCCGUUAACCCGCGGGCUACGGACGCUCCGCUCGGGGAGUCAGGAGACUAGCCGUUUAAAGGCUGCCUCCUCUGAUUCCCCGAGCUGCAGUGUGAGCCUGCUGGGGCCCGGGGUUACUCGCAGUCGGACGUGAGUACCCAGCGGCAGGCCUGCUCACGCACGUGGCCACCUCGCCGUUGACUGCUCCCUCUAAAGCCACGUGGCUCCUUUUGAAGCAUCCGACCGGCUAGAGGAGGGUGCGCCUGCCCUCGGCCCCUCCUCCACCCAUGGUGGUCGGAAUUCAAGUUUUCUUUCCCUGCUGGGGUUCUGGCUCUGGCAGAUGGUGCAUACAGAGACAGUUUGCCUAUUGUGUGCUUCUAUAGUAGCUCAGUGGUAACAGCACUGCACUGUGAACCUUCCUCCAUGAGUUCAAAUCCCCUGUACAACAAGAGCCCAAGCACAGUCAGUCACAAGGUAUAUGCUGUAUGUUCACACACUUAAUACAGAAACAUGUGGAUCAAGUGCCCAUAUUCCUUGUUGGAUUUGACAUCAUAUCUAGGAGAUGUGAAGAUUUUUUGUUGCACAAUUAACCAAAGUGCUCUUAGGUUGCAAUCCAUGUGCUUCAGUGUAUAUGUUCCUGAUCCAUCCCUGGAGACAGAGCCAAGACUUCUCUAGUAAGAUACUUACUGUGCAUGACAAAUAUAAAAAGCCAAGCAUACCUGACUCUGGCUCAAACUGGUAUGAGAGACCAGUCUACGCUGACACCAAUUCAAUUCACAUGGUAUGCUGAUGAUACAUGAUAUUGAUGAAGAUAUCUCAAACAGGGCUGCAGGUUCAUAUAUAUAACCCAUUCAUGGUUAAAAUAUGAGUCGCUCUAUAUAUCAUGAUUUAAUGGACAUUAUUGUAAUUUUUCAGCCUAUAUACUGCUAUUUUGCCUGCAGGGCAUUUAGGGACUGCUAGUCCCAGUUCAGUUGUAUUAACACAGUGUUGCACUGUCUAAAGGGUUGGCGUCUGGGGGUCCUACCUCUCAGGAUACCCUGAAGAUUUACAGAUAAUUAGGGGUCUCUACCCAAACACAGGGGUCCCUUAUUACUCGUUCAGACGCAACCCAGGAUUGGCCGUCUAUGUCUGUGCCCCUUUGAUUGGCCGUCUAUGUCUGUGCCCCGUUGAUUGGCCUGCUACGUCUGCGCCCCGUUGAUUGGCCUGCUACGUCUGCGCCCCGUUGAUUGGCCUGCUACGUCUGCGCCCCGUUGAUUGGCCUGCUACGUCUGCGCCCCGUUGAUUGGCCUGCUACGUCUGCGCCCCGUUGAUUGGCCUGCUACGUCUGCGCCCCGUUGAUUGGCCUGCUACGUCUGCGCCCCGUUGAUUGGCGUCUGCGCCCCGUUGAUUGGCCAGCUACGUCUGCGCCCCGUUGAUUGGCCAGCUACGUCUGCGCCCCGUUGAUUGGCCAGCUACGUCUGCGCCCCAUGGAUUGGCCAGCUAGGUCUGCGCCCCAUGGAUUGGCCAGCUAGGUCUGCGCCCCAUGGAUUGGCCAGCUAGGUCUGCGCCCCAUGGAUUGGCCUGCUAUAUCUGUACCUUUCUGACUGGCCUGCCCUAUCUGUGCCCGAAAUCCCUUUUGGCUGCAGGCCUGGGAGGAUAUCACUGAGAAGAGCCAAGUGCCCACUACUGACAUGGAGAUAGAUGGGUAUCCAGGCAAGCUCUGCUGCCAUACCAUCCAAGAGGACACCAGUACAUGGGCACCUCAAUAUGAUUGAAAGGGUGAAGGCCCUAAAUCUCAUACUCUGAGGGGUGAGGUUUUUUUGUUAUGAGGAUCCCGGGUGCGCCACCACAUACCAACCCGGCGGCGGGACAUUUCCGAAGAGAAUUUCGCACAAGCAGGGACCAUUGCUCAGACGCCAACGGGGGAGCACGGUUGCCUUGCCUUCAGCAACUAACCUUUUAGCUGCCUUUCCGGUAUCCAUCUUGGGUAUUGGUAGUUAGUCCUACGUCAUGUUUAGCUCCUGACCCUUUCAGUUGGGUUUACUUGACUUGCUGUUCCGAUCUGCUAUUUACCUGCUCUCCGAGGUACGUAUUUACCGUUAUCUACAUUAUUUGUCGUUUCUUGGUUUUCGACCCUUCCAAUUGUCCUAUCGCUCGGGUCGUCAAGAGGCCUAACUUGACCUCCCGGGCUCUGGUGGAUUGCAGAAAACGUCUCCAGCUUUCCUCAGGCUACCAACGGUCAUCCUGGACACCGCGCGGUCAGUUGGUAGUUCCCAUCAUUGUUUCCGUAGGUUGCAUUUUCUCACCAUCCCUUUCUGUUAUUAAGGAGGGACACGACCCGAGGCUGUAUACUAUUCCAUCUUCCAUCGGUCUGGUUUAUUGCCAGUUAAUUCCACCUCAGGUGAGCAAUUCAGAGAGAGGUCUCGUGGCCGUGAGAGACCCACCUCAGGAUCUCAGUCUUAUGCUGAUAUUCGUGAAUGGCUUACCCCUGCAGUUGGUCACCCUGAAUCUCUAAAGGACUCUAGUUUGGAUUAUAAGAGGGUGCGGCCCUCCAUCACCUCGAUCCAAGAAUUAUAUUUUACUUUCACUAACAGAGAGCGAACCCCUCUCAUAUACGGAACCGGACACUGAUCUGUUAUUAGAGGGCGCGGCCCUCCCUCAACCUCAGCCCGUUACUGAGCCUGGAUACAGAGGUCAUGUUUUGAGUGACGCAUUCUCGUAGAGAGAACCGGUCACGGAUGUAGACUCUGUCUGGUUAUUAACGGGUGUGGCCCGCUCAGACUAUCAGCCGGACGGUCACAUUAUUAGACGGUCACAUUAUGAGAGCACAGCUCUCAUAUACACUUAACGCACUACGGUGCCGUCCAUUUGUUCAUCACACAGGCUUGUACCUUUACAGGACAACGAUGACUGCAUAGAGGGGCGUCCCUCCUGCAUUCAAUUAGAUCUUACGACCGUGCUACCGAUUUCGUUAUAGAGGGCUGCCUGAUCAUGCAGGAUACAUAUUUAAACACGUUUCUCAUCCCUCUGAAUUUUUCCUGGAUUCACUAUCCCCAGAAUAGUCGACCACCAUUCCACCACACAAGUUCAGUUGGGACCCUGAUUGGACGUCCCUUGGGGAGUUCCUUCUCUACCAUUCAUUUCUUCCCAUUAUAUUUUCUGCCUUGUGUUCUGUUUUGUCGCAGCUUGAAAGAGGAAAUGAUGCAUGGGGAGGGGAGUUUUAUAGUAACUAACUUUUUUCUGAUUGGUUGUUUUUCUGUGCUGCUGUGGAGUUCUAGUAAAGAGAGACUUACGAAAUACGAAGCCUCCUGUCAUUAAUAAAAUUAUAGGUACACUAAAGCUAGUAUAAUUUACAUAUCUGCAGGCAAGAGAGAUGUUUUGUGUUUUAUUAUUUUCUUCGCCCUUUUAUAAAUAUCUUAUUAUAAUUCCCUACAGAAUUUUGCUGGUGCUAUAUAAAUAAUAAAAUAUGUUUUCUGACAUGUUUUGGUUAUUUGUAUUUUAUUAAGUUUGUCACGGCAAGCUUUACGUAAUGAACGUAUGGACUAGUCCCAAGUAAAAUAAAGUAUUGCGAGUCAUUUUCUUUUAGAACUUGUGUCCUGUGCUGAUUUUUAGGGAUCCCAGUGACAGUCUUUGUACCUGUUUGCUGGCUGCAGGAUCCCUCUAGCACUGGGAAAAAUCAAGAAAGCUAGGCCUGAGAGCAGCAAGUGCCUUUGUAAAGGCAAUAGAAGUCACAUUGCAAGCAGAGUUGGAUACCUGCCUGGAAGAAGGACUGCAGUGGAAUAGGCAGAGGGGCCAAUACCUGUGUGGAAGGAAAACCUGGUCGGGUUGAAAAGCUCUAAAAGGACCCCAAUCAAGCUGCGGCGACUGGAGCUGAACAGCUUCAGGUUUCCUGGUUCCAGCUAGGGAAGUGAGCUUGGCGGAGGUACCAAGCCGGGGUACAGGGUGCUCUGUCACACUGAAGAUGUAACCACAAGAUCUGCUAUUAUGGCUGCUCCAGAGCCCUGGGGACUAUACAGUUUGAGGGCUCCUCGGUGGCUUUAUAUGAAGAACUCCAUUUGCAGUACUGACAGGAUACAACUGGUUCCAGUCGCCAGGAAACUGCAGGACCACUCUGUCAAAUAUUGCUGUGGAAUGGAGGGCUCCCUUGUAGUCACAAAGGCUGACCAUACACUCACCUUAACCUCCGCUGACAGCCCAGAAACAUUCCUUCGGAAGCUCAACUUGGCCCCUGAGCCACCCACAAAUGCUACGACAAGGUUGGAAGACAUACAGCUUAAGAAUGACCCAGAAGAAGGAACUUCCAGACCCGAGCAAUUCAUCCAGGGACUAAUGUUCACAGGUUGCAAUUUAAAGAGUAGCCUUUCGCCUUCUAGUGCUCACUUCUACAUCAUUGCCACCACACCCUGAGGGGAUUGCACUGGAAUAUGGCUUUUUUGUUCCAUUUUAUAGUUUUAACCUUGCGAAUAACCAAAAGCACUUCCUAUCCUAUCACUUAUUGCUCCUAAGCUCCUAUAGUGCUAAGUUCAUGCCUAUUAAGAUCAGUUUUUUAUUUGUAAAAUGAUGAUGAUACAAUGCAGAGUACUAUUUUUUUUUUUUUAUUAUUAUAUUGCACAAAGAUAUGUUUUCCUUUUUAUGUAUGACUUUAUUUUCUUUUAUUGUACCUCCUCUAUUAUAUUGAUUUGGAUGUAUGUUCAAUAUACAAACCUCCAAUAAACUAUGAAUUGAGAAAUAGAUAUACUAUUUUUCUAUAGCUAUAUUUAUAUUAUCUAUAUUUGUAAUACACCAAAGUCAAGAUGCAAUUAAGCAUUAUAGGGGAAAUGUUAACCUUUCUGGAAUUUAUAUAAUUGAAACUAACUUUUUUUUUUUAUGAUGUGUUCCAUUUAAAAAAUAAAUAAAUUCUAUUAUACAUUAAAUUAUAUCAUAAUUUAGAUUACUCCAGCCAAAGCCAGAACAAACCGUGCAAAUGAACAGUAGAAAUCUAAAAACACAGUUUCAUUCCUCCUCUUUGGAUGCGUUCUCUAUGCUGAAUGCCAGAUGCUAAGGACAAAAUAUAUCCAGUGAUUAACACAAAUACAAUAUAUAUAUAUUAUAUAUAAAUAACAGCAGCUGGAACACCCUAGUGCAGGCAUAGGCAACUUCGGCACUCCAGAUGUUUUGGACUACACCUUCCAUGAUGCUUUGCCAUCAUUAUGGGUGUAAGAGCAUUAUGGGUGAUGUAGUCCACAACAUCUGGAGUGCCGAAAGGUUGCCUAUCCCUGCCAUACUCUUUAUAUCACACAAAAAAAUCUCAAAUAUAAAAAAACAAACAAAAAAAACAACUCCGUGUUUAGGUGAUAUCCUCCACCAAAAACACAAAGUGCAAGUGCAGCAAUAAAAUUUGUGUCGGAUAUCUCUUUAAAAGGCUCAUUUCAAUGUAAGUUUUUAAUUUCUCACUUUUGAUACUAAUUAAUACUUAACACACCGAAUUGCACUUUUUUGUUGUUGUUUGUUUUGUAUUUCCAUUUCUAUGUCUACAUGCUGCCCCGGUACAUGCUUUAAGGGGUGAGUGUUGUCUCAAAUGUUGACAAAUUUUUGGCAUUUUUUUAAAUAUUUUUUUUUAUAUAUGUAACAAAUAAAAGUUAUAUUUUAUAAAGAUCGAGAGUGCGGACCAUCAACUCUACAUACAUACAUAUAUAUAUAUAUAUAUAUAUAUAUAUAUAUAUAUAUAUAUAUAUAUAUACACGCUUAUAUAUACACCAGUUUUUAACAUUCAGUGUCCGUCCUGAGGGGCUGGAAGUUGAAUGAGUCACAUGGAGGGGCUGGGGGUAAUAAGACACACGGAAAGGCUGGGGGAGGGGGGAAUGAGAUACACGGAAAGGCUGGGGGGGCGCUGGGAAUGAGACACCUGGAGGGGCUGAGGAAAAGGAUCAAGAGACACACAGAGGGGCUGAGGAAGGAGAUCAAGAGACACACACAGGGGCUGAGGAAAGGGAGAAUGACACACAAGUUCUGGAUCCGCCCCUGGCGCAAUGUCUGGGUGACCAGGAGAAGGGGAGCACACAGCAGAGUGUUUCCGUUCCUGCCAGUCAAUACAUAAGAUCCUCUAUCGCGGUCCGCUCUGCCAUGCUACUUGUAGGUCAGCAGGCACUAGAAACAUAGAAUGUGACGGCAGAUAAGAACCAUUCGGCCCAUCUAGUCUGCCCAAUUUUCAAAAUACUUUCAUUAGUCCCUGGCCUUAUCUUAUAGUUAGGAUAGCCUUAUGCCUAUCCCACGCAUGCUUAAACUCCUUUACUGUGUUAACCUCUACCACUUCAGCUGGAAGGCUAUUCCAUGCAUCCACUACCCUCUCAGUAAAGUAAUACUUCCUGAGAGGCUGGGAGGGGAAUAAGACACACAGAGGGGCUGGGAAAGGGGAGAAUGACACAUAAAGGGGUUGGGGGAAGUAAGAGACACUUAAAUUGAAAAAUUGUGGGGUGUAAGACACAGAGGGGAAAAAAUGGAGGAUAAAAUAAUCUAAAGGGGAUAAGAAACACAAAAGGGGGAUAUUUUUUUUUCUCACAGAGACUCUAAUGGAUACUGAGAUGACCUCUGUUGGAAAGACCACCUACAGCCCCUUUAUAGAUAUUAUUAUUAUUAUUAUUAUUAUUACUGGCAUUUAUAGGGUGCGGGAAGUGUUGUGGGUACUUUUUGAUGCUGUAUCUAGUACCGUAGUAACUGCUGUGCAUGCUACCUAUUCAUGUGGCAAUAGCUUUGUUCGCAGUCUGGUGCUGUUGCAAGUGAAACCUGGCACUGUGGGUGCAAUCUGGUGUUUGUGAUGUGAAAAGUGCUGUGCAUGCCACCUAUUGCUGUGGCCAAAUGUAACACAAAAUGCAGAUUCUACAUUGUUAUUUUUAUCAUUCUGUUAUAGCUCUUUGAUUGUGGGUGUAUGACUAAUGCGGUGCAUUGAAUAGUGUUACAUUAAAACAGAUUAGAAAUUGCAAUACUUAAAUCAGACAAUGUCAACUUGAUUCUUCUAAUUUUGCAUCAGGUUUCUCAACCCUUUGCAUGCCUGCGCUUUAUCUGUUAAAGACACUGUCAAAAAGGGGCCGAGCAUGGAUGUCAUUACAAUUAACCCCGACCCCCCCGAAAAAAAUUCCUGCGAACGCCCAUGCAGUCACAGAUUUGUAAACAGUCCCUUUUUUAUGUGAAAUGCAGUCCCUAAGAACACCUCCAGUGGCUGUCUCUCUGAGAGCCACUAGAGCCCUGUAGUAUUUGCAGAACCCAUAUUUGGUAUACUCACACAAAUCAUGAAGACACUGAAUUCUCCCCUUAGAGAUACAUUAUUAUAUUGAGGAGAUGCUUAUUUGCGCAGUGUGGUGAUUGCUGCUCCUGCGCAGUAGCCUCCCCCCAAUGCAUUUCUGUUGAAAACACUGGAUUGGCUGAGAGCAUCAGUAAGAUUAAUUAAACUUCUAUAUUUUACUUUUAAAGUGGAGGGGGCAAACCCUAAAUAACUAGAAAGAAACUCUGUUAGAAAUACACGCUUAUUUCACUUUAAAUUUAUUUUGCACACCUCAUCAAUACAUAUUUCCUAAAUAUACAGAUAAGUAAACAAUAUUAAGCAUUCUCGGAGGUGACUUUAGAGGAAAUAAUGUAUUUGUUAAUGGAAAGCUUCCACUAGUCUAACAAGUUAGACUAGUGGAUAUUUUUGGUGAUUUGAAUCUGUACUAAAUUCCAUUGAGACACAGUACACAGUUAAUGCAAUCUCGAAAUGUUCAUGAAAAAGAAACAAAUUAUUACGAAAAAUUUUCAUUGUAAAUCUGUCAUUCCUUUUGAAUGUGUACAGAAACCCAACCUCAAUUGAUUAAUCUUUUCUUAUUGUGUGUUUAGUAAUCCUUACUGGAGUACAUUUCCAGGAUCUUUCUUCUGUCAAAUUCGUGUGUUGCCAUCAGAUUUGAAUGAUUCAUUACCUGCCUCCACCCUGCCUGUUUUCACAUGCUAUCCAUGACUUAUGAAACCUGUAAACAUUGUUGUAUUGAAAGCUACAAUAAAUGUUUUGAGCGAGUAAAGGACAAUGAUGAAAAAUCUAACUAUUUAUAAAGCAAGAUCUAUAUAUAUAUAUUUAUUUAUUUAUUUCCUCUCUGUUAGUCUUUCGUAUUGCUCUGGAAUUGAGGACAGCAGCCUUACCUCCUGAUCUUAGCCAGUGA